AUGAUCACGUUGUGGGUUACACUGCUUUUUCUUCACCAUGGAUCUUCGCUGGUUCCAGUGAUCACAGUUCAGCUUGGUGAACCUGCAAAUUUCAGAUGUGUUUCCCAUAGGAGAGAGAUCAGCAAUAAAUGCCUACACUGGUACAAGCAGAGUGCUGGGGAUACUCUGAAAUUAGUGGUGACACUGUGGCAAAUGACAGAAAAAUAUGGACCAGGGUUUUCUGAAUCCAGAUUGCAAGUAAAUUAUGAUGAGAAUUUUAGCAACCUGACCAUUUUGAGGACGAUUCAAGAAGAUGAGGGAAUGUAUCACUGUGCAAUCCGAGACUGGAUUGAUAUUAAAUGGAGUGUGACGUAUUUGUUAGUAAAAGGAAACACUCAGAGGGCAUCAAACUAUACUGUCGUUCAGUGGCCGACAGUAUCUGAUCCAGUCCGUCCAGGAGACUCGGUCACUCUCCAGUGUUCAGUCCUCUCCGACUCAGAGAACAAAACGUGUUCAGGAAAUAAAAGUCUGUACUGGUUCAGAGCCGGAUCAGAUGGGUCUCAUCCAGACAUCAUCUACAGCGAUGGAAAUAUACGUGACGAGUGUGAGAGGAGACCUGAUGCACGUUAUCCUCCAAAGAGCUGUGUUUAUCGCUUCUCUAAGAACGUCAACUCAUCUGAUGCUGGGACUUACUACUGUGCCGUGGCCACAUGUGGGAAGAUCUUAUUUGGGGAUGGAACGAAGCUGCAAAUUGUGCCAACAACACAUACAGUAUUCAUUGCAUUGGCAAUAUUGAUAGUCUGCUUCGUCAUUUCUGUUAUUGGAAAUGUUGUCCUCAUCUGCAACCGAAGAGUACAUGGACAAUAUAAGGGAAUGGAAAGUACUAUUUCAAAGGCACAGAAUGACAACUCAAGCCAAAAAGAACAUGAUAUCACUGAAGCUGAGGACAAACUGAACUAUGCUGCUUUGAACUUCUCUGCAAGAAAAGCAACAAGAGGAAGAAAGCAGAAAGAGUUUGCUGAGGACAGUGUGUACGCUCAGGUUAAAAGCUAAUACAUUUUAUAACGUUGAGUAUUUUAUCUUUUGAAUGUUGAUCUCAACCUUGAAUCAUGUUAUAAAGUGUGUUUGCAUUUGUUUGUGACCGUAGUAUUUUUUAUCUUACCUGAAUAUUUAAUUUUGUUUUAUUAUCGACAAUAUUUGGGUUAUCAAAGCCUAUGAGAUAUUUUUGUUGCGUUUCUGACACACAAUUACAUUUCUCGUUUGUAACUGU